ACUGAUGGUGCCCCAUAUGGUGGUUAUAGUUGCAAUUUUGUUCAUGGCGAUCCUCCAGAUGAGUACCUAUGUCACAUCUGUACACUGGUAGCACGGGAUCCUCAACAAGUUACCUGCUGCUCCAAUAUAUACUGUGAGAGCUGUCUGGAUACACUAAAAGAGAAGGGCCAACUUGGCCAAGGGUUUAUCUGCCCAACUUGUCGUAGCUCACUAGAAGGAAAGUACUUUAAAGAUGGAAGAGUAGAAAGGGGAAUAAAGUCACUUAAGGUUUAUUGCACUAACACUGAUAGUGGGUGCCAAUGGAUGGGGACUAUUAAGGAUAUUGACACUCAUCUUAAUAGUUGUACCUAUCACCUGGUACCUUGUACUAAUGAGUGUGGAGCAAUGAUUAGGAGAAGUUCACUGAAGACACAUCUAACAGACACCUGUUUAGAACGAAUAGUUAAGUGUCAGUAUUGCAAGCAAAGAGGCACAUAUCAACAAAUAACAAGCAGCAGCCAUUUUGAUGAGUGUCCUGAUCUCCCAAUCCAAUGCAGUAAUGAAGGUUGCAAUGAGAAGAUAUUGAGACGUUCACUAGCAUCACACAAUGAGACCUGCCCUAAAGCUAUCAUACCAUGUGAAUACAAUACCAUUGGAUGUAAUAAGAAAAUGAAGAGAAAAGAACAAGAGAAGCACAAUGAAGAAUCGAUGAAACAACAUCUUGAUAUAGCAAUGAAGAAGAUUGAUGCUCUACAGGUCACAGUACUACUUCCAAGAAAACAUGUCUUGAAGUUAAAUGAAUACACAGAGUUGAAAGAAGAAGAAGAAGGUUGGUCCAGCCCAGGCUUCUACACAUCCCCAGGAGGAUAUAAGAUGUUACUACGUGUCUAUCCUAAUGGUCUUUGUACUGGUAAAGGUACAGGUACACAUGUCUCUUGCUUCAUACGUCUUGAGGCAGGAGAAUAUGAUGAUACAUUGGAGUGGCCAUUUCAAGGAGAGGUUACUAUAGAACUACUGAAUCAACUGGAGGAUAAGAAUCAUAAGAAAAUUACGAUAUCAUUUAAUGAAUCAACACCAGAUACUAGCAAACAAAGAUUGUGGGAAGAUAUAAGGGCAGGUGGAUGGGGUUGUUCACAGUUCAUAUCACAUGAAGAGUUAGACUAUGAUCUAUUUACUAAUUGUCAGUAUCUUAAAGAUGAUAGUCUGUACUUCAGAGUCAGUGUGAAGGUUACAUCAAUAACAAAGCCAUGGCUGACAUCUGCUAAAUAACAUUAGUAGUACAAUAACAUAAUUAAUAAUACAUACAUGAGUUGCUAUAAUUGCUAUUCUGUUUUAAUUUAAACUUGUUAUGUUCAUGCAUUAAUGGUUUGUUAUAGUGUUAUUUCAUU